CCAUGCCCCCCGGAUGUCUUCCUGCGUGCCCGCCCCGGGUGCCCUGCUCUGGCAGGGGCUUGGUGCGGGUGAUCUCCAGAGGCACCAUUCCAUGAUCCAUGCUUUCGGCUUCCUGAGCAGUGGCCCUGGGCCCGCUGCGUUUGCAGGGAGCGCCCGGGGCUGCCCUGGGCUGGCUCGCAGGUGGCAGCAGCGGCAGAGGGCAGGGAGCCCCCCGCAGCCCCCCGUGGCGCUGUCCUUGCGCUCUCUGGCUCCGGCUGACUCCUGCCCUGUUCUCUCCUCUCGCCGCUCGCCUUUGCCCCCGGGACGCGCUGCUGCCCGCAGGGAGAGAAAGUCCAAGAUCACAGCCUCACGCAAGCUCUUGUUGAAGAGUUUGAUGCUGGCAAAAGCCAAGGAGGAGUGGGAUCAGGAGAUCGUGGACAAGCAGGCAGAGAAGGAGAGAUACCUGUCGGAGAGGGUCACACCACUGCACACCAGUGGCCUGUCCCUCAGCCAGCUCCAGGACCUGUGCAGGGAGCUGCACGAGAAGGUGGAGAUUGUGGAUGAAGAGAGAUAUGACAUAGAAGCCAAAUGCAACCAUAACACUCGGGAGAUUAAAGACCUGAAGAUCAAAGUGCUGGACCUGCGGGGGAAGUUCAAGCGCCCUCCCCUGCGCCGCGUCCGCGUCUCUGCCGAUGCCAUGCUGAGGGCUCUGCUGGGCUCCAAGCACAAAGUGUCCAUGGACCUGAGAGCCAACCUGAAGUCUGUCAAGAAGGAGGACACGGAGAAGGAGCGGCCUGUGGAGGUGGGCGACUGGCGCAAGAACGUGGAGGCCAUGUCGGGCAUGGAGGGCAGGAAGAAGAUGUUCGAUGCUGCCAAGUCCCCCACGGGGCAGUGACAGGAGCAUCACAGGAAGAAGAAGCAUCCUCACCCCUGCUGCCUCCCCCUCCUCUGCUGCCCCUCUGUGCUCUCUGUGCCCUCACCCUGAGUCCACCACCGAGCUGGCACAUGGGGACGACUCCGCGGGGAGCUCUGAGCUCCUCCCCAUCAGCGCUGCCACCAGCCCUGCUCCUGCACACCCUGGCACAAGGCCUCCCCAGCGCCACCUGCACUGGCCAGGCUGUCUCCGAGGGGCCACUGCCCAGCCCUUCCCUCCCACCGCUGCAGGGAGGUCCUGGAGAUGGCUGCUGGUCCCCCCCGCUGCUCCAUGCUCCAGUGGGUGCAGCCUGAGCUGCACCUGCAGGGCUGCAGGGUAUUAAAGGAUGCUCUCUGGGCAGCCUCUGCGUGGGCUCCUCACUGCGGGACCACUGCCCAGGGGCAGGUUCACAGCC